UCGAGUGCAGUUGGACAGAAGCCCGUCUGGCCACACUGAUUUCGGUUUUGUUGUCGGUUCGUCGAGUGAAAAGUUGAUAAAUGUGUGGAUAUUAAUAUAUUUAACCUUCUGUAUAAGUUUUAAUCCCGGGUAGUAGUCGCGAGGACGCACAUACAUAGCGAAAAUUGUAGUGCGUCGCCUCGUUUUUCCACUCCUUCAUAAAGUUUUGCCGCGCUUCGAUUGUAGGCGGCAGCAACUGAAAACAACUAAAACUCAGCAACUUUUUAACCAGCUUAGGCACAGCAGCAACAGCAUCAUGGAGAACGGCAGCAAGUCGGGGGGCGCCAUGUCCAUUGAAAAGAUGUACCAGAAGAAGUCACAGCUGGAGCACAUCCUGCUGCGUCCGGACUCGUACAUCGGAUCCGUGGAGUAUACCAAGGAGUUGAUGUGGGUGUACGAGCCCUCGCAAAACCGAAUGGUACAGAGGGAGAUCUCUUUCGUGCCCGGCCUUUACAAGAUCUUCGAUGAGAUUCUCGUAAAUGCAGCGGACAACAAGCAGCGCGACAAGUCAAUGAACACCAUCAAGAUUGACAUCGAUCCUGAAAAAAACAUUGUGUCUGUGUGGAACAACGGUCAGGGAAUUCCGGUUACCAUGCACAAGGAGGAGAAGAUGUACGUGCCCACUAUGAUCUUCGGUCAUCUGUUGACGUCCUCGAACUACAACGAUGACGAGAAGAAGGUCACCGGCGGCAGGAACGGCUACGGAGCCAAGCUUUGCAACAUUUUCUCCACCAGCUUCACCGUGGAGACCGCCACGAAGGAGUACAAGAGGAGCUUCAAGCAGACCUGGGGCGACAACAUGCAAAAGGCCUCCGAUGUGAAGAUCAAGGAUUUUAGUGGCACUGAUUUUACUCGCAUCACAUUCAGUCCCGAUUUGGCCAAGUUCAAGAUGGAGCGUCUUGAUGAUGACAUUGUGGCAUUGAUGUCGCGUCGCGCUUACGAUGUGGCCGCUUCAUCCAAGGGUGUUGCUGUCUUCCUCAACGGCAACAAGCUGGCGGUGAAGAACUUCAAGGACUAUAUUGAUCUGCACAUCAAGAGCACGGACGAGGACUCGGGUCCGGCCAUUAAGAUCGUGCACGAGGUAGCGAACGAGCGUUGGGAGGUGGCCUGUUGUCCCUCGGAUCGCGGCUUCCAGCAGGUCUCAUUUGUGAACUCAAUAGCCACGUAUAAGGGAGGUAGGCAUGUGGAUCAUGUGGUGGACAAUGUCAUCAAGCAGCUCCUCGAGGUGCUGAAGAAAAAGAACAAAGGUGGCAUCAACAUCAAGCCCUUCCAAGUGCGCAACCAUCUGUGGGUUUUCGUCAAUUGCCUGAUUGAGAACCCAACGUUCGACUCACAGACCAAGGAAAACAUGACGCUGCAGGCCAAGAGCUUCGGCUCGAAGUGCACCCUGUCCGAGAAGUUCAUCGCGAACGUGUCCAAGUCUGGCAUUGUGGAAUCGGUGCUGGCAUGGGCCAAGUUCAAGGCCCAAAACGACAUUGCCAAGACGGGUGGUCGCAAGUCGACCAAGAUCAAGGGCAUUCCCAAGCUGGAGGACGCUAACGAAGCUGGUGGCAAGAACUCGAUCAACUGCACCCUCAUUCUCACCGAGGGAGACUCGGCCAAGUCCUUGGCUGUGUCCGGUUUGGGCGUCAUCGGUCGCGAUUUUUACGGAGUCUUCCCGCUUAGGGGAAAACUUCUCAACGUACGAGAGGCUAAUUUCAAGCAGCUGUCCGAGAACGCCGAAAUCAACAACUUGUGCAAGAUCAUCGGGCUGCAAUACAAAAAGAAGUAUCUCACCGAGGAUGAUCUAAAGACCCUUCGGUACGGCAAGCUGAUGAUCAUGACAGAUCAGGAUCAGGACGGAUCUCACAUUAAGGGUCUGCUUAUCAACUUUAUCCACACAAAUUGGCCGGAACUCUUGCGUCUGCCCUUCCUCGAGGAGUUCAUUACGCCGAUUGUGAAAGCCACCAAAAAGAACGAGGAGCUGUCGUUCUACUCACUGCCCGAAUUCGAAGAGUGGAAGAUGGAUACACCAAACCACCACACUUAUAAUAUAAAGUACUAUAAGGGUCUCGGUACUUCGACCUCUAAGGAGGCGAAGGAGUACUUCCAGGACAUGGAGCGUCAUCGCAUCCUGUUCAAGUACGACGGCUCGGUGGAUGAUGAGAGCAUUGUCAUGGCGUUCUCCAGGAAGCACAUUGAGUCCAGGAAGGUCUGGCUGACCGCUCACAUGGACGAGGUGAAGCGUCGCAAGGAACUGGGAUUGCCCGAGCGUUACCUCUACACGAAGGGCACCAAGCACAUCUCCUAUGCUGAUUUCAUUAACCUCGAGCUGGUGUUGUUCUCCAACGCAGACAACGAGCGCUCCAUUCCCAGUCUCGUGGAUGGUUUAAAGCCGGGUCAGCGCAAGGUGAUGUUCACCUGUUUCAAGAGGAACGACAAGCGCGAGGUGAAGGUGGCCCAGCUGUCCGGUUCGGUGGCCGAAAUGUCGGCCUACCAUCACGGCGAGGUCUCGCUGCAGAUGACCAUUGUGAAUCUGGCCCAGAAUUAUGUGGGCGCGAACAACAUUAAUUUGCUGGAGCCGCGUGGUCAGUUCGGUACUCGAUUGACGGGCGGCAAAGAUUGCGCCAGUGCUCGUUACAUUUUCACCCUGAUGUCGCCCCUAACGCGACUCAUCUUUCACCCUCUCGACGAUCCGCUGCUCGACUACCAGGUGGACGAUGGCCAAAAGAUCGAGCCGCUGUGGUAUCUGCCCAUUAUCCCAAUGGUGCUGGUCAAUGGAGCCGAUGGCAUUGGAACAGGUUGGUCCACGAAGAUCGCCAAUCACGAUCCCCGCGAGAUAAUGCGCAAUCUGAAGCGGAUGAUCAACGGAGAGGAGCCGAAGGUGAUGCAUCCGUGGUACAAGAACUUCAAAGGACACAUAGAGUACGUAUCAGAUGGUCGGUAUGUGCAGACCGGAAACAUUCAGAUUUUGCCAGGCAAUCGGCUUGAAAUCACCGAACUUCCCAUUGGUGUUUGGACGCAAACCUACAAGGAGAACGUGCUGGAGGCAUUGUCAAACGGCACCGAAAAGGUGAAGGCCGUCGUGUCGGAAUACAGGGAGUACCAUACCGACACCACCGUUCGGUUUGUGGUCACCCUCGCGCCCGGCGAGUUCGAACGCCUUCGAGCCGAGGAUGGCGGAUUCUAUCGAGUGUUCAAGCUGACCAGCACAAUGUCCACGAACCAGAUGCACGCCUUCGACCAGAACAACUGUCUGCGACGAUUCCCCACCUCGAUGGAUAUCCUCAAGGAGUUUUACAAGCUGCGGUUGGAAUACUACGCCCGUAGGAAGGAUUACCUUGUGGGCCAACUGACCGCACAGGCGGAUCGUCUCAGCGACCAGGCGCGCUUCAUUCUCGAGAAGUGCGAGAAGACGCUGGUGGUGGAGAAUAAGCAGCGCAAGGCCAUGUGCGAUGAGCUGUUGAAGCGUGGCUAUCGUCCGGAUCCCGUGAAAGAGUGGCAGCGCCGCAUCAAGAUGGAGGAUGCCGAGCCAGACAACGAGGAGGACGAAGAGGAGGAGGCAGCUGCAACUAGCGCCAGCUCAAAGGUUAAGAAGGAGAAGGAUGCCGAUCCGGAUAAGGCCUUCAAGAAGCUGACCGAUGUCAAGAAGUUCGACUACCUCCUCGGCAUGUCCAUGUGGAUGUUGACCGAGGAGAAGAAGAACGAGUUGCUAAAGCAGCGCGAUGCCAAGCUCGCCGAAUUGGACAGCCUCCAAAAGAAGACGCCGGAACUGUUAUGGCUGGAUGAUUUGGAUGCCCUAGAGACCAAGCUAAACGAGGUGGAGGAGAAGGAGCGACUCGAGGAGCAGGGAAUCAAUCUGAAACAGGCCAAGGCGAUGAAGAGCCAGAAGGCUUCGGCUCCCAAGGGUCGCAAGGCCAAGGCAGCGGGUGUGGCACCAGGCCUGGGCGACGUUUUCCCCGAUCCCGAUGGAGAGCAUGUGGACUUUAAGGUUACCGAGGAAAUUAUUAAGAAGAUGGCGCUUGCCGCCAAGGUAGCCCAGGACAAAAAGGAACCAAAGAAACCCAAGGAGCCCAAGGAGGUGAAGGUGAAGAAGGAGCCGAAGGGCAAGAAUAUUAAGUCGGAUCCAGAUGCCGCCGGCGAGGAGGUGGACGAGUUUGACGCCCUGGUCGAGGGUGGCUUGAAGACCUCACCGAAGGGCGCCAAAAAGGCGGCUGUCAAAAAGGAGCCGGCCGAGAAAAAACCACGCCAAAAGAAGGAGAAUGGCGGCGCACUUAAGCAGGGCAAGCUUGAUUUCAGCAAAGCCAAGGCCAAAAAAACCGAUAACGAGGAGGGUAGUGAUGUGGAGGAGGUUACUCCUCGGGCAGAUCGACCAGGACGGCGAGCGGCCAGCAAGAAAAUAGACUACAGCUCUCUGUUCUCCGACGAGGAGGAACGCGCCGGCAACGUGGGAUCCGACGAUGAUAAUGGCAGUUCCGGAGGCGAGGACGGCGAAGACUCGCCCGUUAAGCGACCAGUCAAGCGUCAUCGCGAUGAGGACAGCAGCGGAGGUGCUAAAAAGAAGACACCGCCAAAGAAACGGCGCGCAGUCAUCGAAAGCGAUGAAGAUGAAGUAUUCGAUUUAGACGAUGAUUCUGACUUUGAGUGUUGAGCAAUUGGCAACCAAGCUGUUAACUUUACCUCGGUAUGAGUAUUUGGCAAGCAAAUCGACGAUUGGAAUCGACAUCAUCGGAAUCCGGAAGUCUUGAGAAGGCACUUUCAUGCGCAGAUUGGCUCGCUAAGAUUGUUUAUAAUUUCAUUUUACCUUUCAAUGUUCUCGAAGUUAACGUCAACGUUUUAUUUUUCGAGUUUUAAUUUUAUUUAAGCAAACAACUUCGCUACAUUCGUUCUCUGUAGCUGAUUCUGUGUUCCAGAGCAGCAAAUUAAGCCACCAACCGGAAUUUACAAACAUAAUAUCGAUGUAUUAACAUGUUUCAUAAACAUAGUUUGUAGUCUCAUAAAAGAUUUCUUCAUGUAAAUAAACCAAUUUUACCUAAUGGCUUAUACUUAAA